AUGCCUGCUAUCCGAAGAAGCCUGCAGGCACCCAGGCCCGACGAGCCUUAUCUGACUGAAGGCCAUGAUGUGAUCCCUAAGAUCGAAGAAGCUCUUGGGCGAAAUAAGGGCAAGGGCGAUAUGCUGCGUAUAAUGGCCAUGGAUAUCGGAGAGGCCUGGUUUAAUAAGGAUGAUGCCAGCCGCGUCAGGAUGGCGAUCUUUGGUUGCGAGAUCCUCCUGCUUAUAUGGUCUAUCUAUGAGAACCCUCUGAUUAACAAAGACUUCCUUGAACGCGAGAAGCAGAAGCUCAAGGAUCUAGAAAGGAAGCUAUGCAGAGGGGUGCAGCCAAGCAGGAGGGAGAGGGGGUUCCUCAGGGCCCUUAACCUGGGCGGCUUGCAUGACGAGUGGCUCAAGGAUAUCCGGUGGCAGGCCAAGGAGGUACUGGAGAAGACCGAGAACCUGUGA